AUGAGCCAAUCCGAUCUUCAGUACCAGCCGCGCAGCCCCAUGCGAAGCCCUCGUUUCCGCGAGGACUUUGACGCCCCGUUCUCCGAAUCUUUCCUGGAUCCUCCGCAGCCUCCAAAGACGUCUUACUUUGACGAGAGCAAGAACAAGAUUGCGCCGCCGCCUCAACGGAGCUACGACGACAGCUGGGUGCCUCCUAAGCGGCGACCAAGCGUCAACGACAAAGUCCUGCAGUGGGCCAAGAGAUCCUUGACCAUCAAACGACAGCGUCCGCCUCGCCUUGGGGAGGGCUUCAACGAUGUGCGAGCACCGUCGUCCAGGAGCUCCAGGAGAAUUAGCAGCUUGCCGGUCGAAUCAGUCUUUGGCAAGCGCAACACUCACAUUCAACCCCCGACCAUCAUCACCGUGUCCGAAAUCCCUAAACCUGUGUAA